GGCACCUCUUUGUUAGCUUUGUAUAUUCCGUCAAUUUUCAUUAGUUUUAAGAAUGUCUUAAAAAUGUCCAAAAAUAUAAUAAGGAAAUUAUGUGUAAUUAUUUUUGGGCUGAUUCUGGCUAUAUUACUGCGAAUAAUAAUAACUUUUACAGUGAAGUUCAGUAGCUUCCCAAUCACGCAUAAUGUAACUAGUUAUUUUGCUGGUCUAACAAGUAUUAUUUCCAUUGUUAUAAGCCUCUUUUGGAUCAGCAAUUUCAUAGUUGCUAUAACUGCGGACUGGAUCGCCGCAGGAUAUAUACCACUUCUCAUUUACGUUCUGCACUGGACGAACUUCAAAUUUUCAGAGCGAUUACAAGAUAUGACCAACAGCUAUGAUGUAUUUAUUAAUGACCUUACACAAAAAUGGUUUGGUUACUUUAACAACAACGAGACGUACUGGCCCAAUCUCGAAAAGAGGCUACAAUGCUGUGGAUUGGAAGGACCCAGGUCUUAUAUGGACUACAUGCAAAUGGUUCCAAAACACUGCUACAAUCCCGAACUUAUUACUCUAGGUUGCAGUCAUUGGUUUCAAAACAUAUAUUUCCCAAUGCAGAAAAUAGGGUUCCUACUACUCAGAUUUGCACUUUUGAUAGAACUGAGCAUGUUGUAUUUUUAUGCUUUUAGGGUUUUUAAAAAGCUUUUAAGUUUAAUUGGUAAACGGUACCUAAAAAAGGUUUUUAAGCCAUGUUUAUGAAAAUAAAAUUUGAACUACCCUGGUUUAAA